AACGCAUUGGGAGCAGCUACAGGAGGCGGACAUCUAGAUGUGGUCGACAGACUGCUAACUAAAGGAACUAAAGUCAAUGCUAAUACUACUGAUGGUGUCCAUACUGCUCUUCAAGCAGCGCCAGAAGGCGGAUAUCUAGAUGUAGUAGACCGACUACUGGCUAAAGGAGCUGAAGUCAAUGCUGCUGCUGCUGAUUUUAGUUGUACUGCUCUUCAAGCAGCGGCAGAAGGCGGACAUCUAGAUAUGGUGGAGAAGUUAGAAGCUGCUAAAUUCUCUUAA